GGCGAAUGCGAUACUUUGUCUUCUUAGAAUCGGGAAUUUCGAGUACGAAGCUUCAACCGCCACUAUCCAACUGACGUUGGCGCACAAUGAAAUUAUAUACACUCCGAUCCGGGAUUGUUUCUGCACCUUCGGCCGCCAGAGAUUCUAGUCGAUAAUGGCCGAGAACGACUCUGCUGUACCACAACAAAGAGGAUGCUGUGGCAUGGAGAUGCCACCACUUCCAAAUUUGAGUGGUCAGCGAGUAUAAAAACCAAGCACGGCACUGUAAAGGCGCGUUUCUUCUUUCCCAUUUUUAGUGUCCCAUCUCUGAGGGCCGCAAAUGAAGUUUCAGAAGCACCUCGAAUGGCAUCGAGUUCCAGAUUGGCGCGAUUCAUAUUUCAACUACAAGCAGCUCAAGAAAGAUCUAAAGAAAGUCAAGCACGAUCAUCAAGCUGCCACGAGGGUAAAGAUUGAUGUUGAUACAGUAAACAGGAUUCAAGAGCUAGGGAGCCUGUUUGGAGAGUCGUCGCGUUCUCCUAGUCAGGGCUCGAGGCUGAGGAGUUUAUUUGGAAGCUCGUCGGUUGCCGACAGCUGGGUCGAAGAAAGCAACGAUUUCAUGGUAGUACACAAGAAAAGCCUUCGGACUUAUGUCCAGGACGAGGUUGUGUACGAGACUGAGCUGCGUGGACCUUCCUCCGAUGCGGAAUAUGUGAGACUGUUUUUCGCGAAGCUGGACUCUCAACUCAACAACAUUAACUAUUUCUACAAGCAUAAAGAGAACGAGUAUGUCUCUCAUGCUCGACAGCUACAAAGUCAGCUUGAGCUUCUCUUUGAAAAUCAAGGAUCCUCCAAAGAUGGCGGUGAGGUCUUUGCGGGAACAAAUCCUGCUCAGGCGGCGAAGCUUUUGCGAGCUGGAUUUAUCGAGUUUUAUAGAAGCCUUGGCCAUCUCAAGAAUUAUAGCGCACUGAACAGAAUGGCUUUCGGCAAAAUUCUGAAAAAACACGAUAAGGUUACAGGCAAAUGUGCGUCAGAAACAUAUCUGCGAGCUGUUAAUAUGUCGCAUUUCUCAACUUCUGAUAAGAUCCUCCGAAUGAUGGAACAAGUGAUGUCCAUGUUUACAGACUAUUUUCUAAAAGGAAAUCGAAGGAAGGCUUUAGCCUGUAUGCAACCGAUGAGGCAACCAUCCUCGAAUCUAAACUUCGUUCUUGGGCUAUUCACGGGCUGUUCUUUCAGUCUUAUCGUCACGUUCGUUCUACUCCUGACACUACCACACAACCACAAGUUUCCUAGCGUCCAAAUUGCCUUCCCAAUGUUCAGCACACUUGUAUUGUUCUUGCUACACAUGUAUGUGUAUGCUUGCAACAUCUACAUUUGGAGAAAAUCCAGGAUCAACUAUGCAUAUAUUUUCGAGUUUGAACCUCGGUCGCAGCUUAAAUACCAAGACGUGCUGCUGCUGAGCACGUUGAUCACAAUGCUUUUGAUUGCGGCCAUGGUUUUUUAUCUUGUUCUGUAUACGAUCCCCACUACGUCAGACAAGUUUCGUGAGUUUGUUCCGCUCGGAGCUCUUUUGGUGUGGAUCGGAGUUCUCGUUCUUCCUUUCAAUGUCUUUUACAAACCGGCAAGGUCGGGUCUUUUCUAUUCUCUCUUGCGGAUCAUGGUUGCACCUCUAUUCAAGGUUGAGCUUGCGGAUUUCUUCCUUGCGGACCAACUUACAAGCCAGGUCACUGCUCUAAAGAACCUCGGGUUUACUCUCUGCUACUACGGUGGAAACAACUACGAAUCCAGCAAUGGAGAGUCUUGCACCUCCAAGUUUGCGCUGCAGUACCCUCUCGUGGUGAUAGCAUACUGGUGGCGUCUUAUGCAGAGCUUGAGAAGAUGGGUGGACCUGCGGGAUCCCGUUCAUCUUGCAAACGCCGGCAAGUACCUGAGCGCUAUUGUUGCGAUGGUUAUGAAAAUCACGUACAAGUGGAGUGGAACAGCGGCAUGGAAAUCCAUGUUUGUGCUGUCUUCGCUCUGUGCUACUGCUUAUCAGCUCUACUGGGACCUUGUCAUGGACUGGGGGCUUUUACAAAAAAAGGCAUCGAACCGGUGGCUUCGGGACAAGCUCAUGUUUGAGCGCAAGUCACUCUACUACAGUUGCAUGCUUAUAAACACACUGCUCAGGUUGCUGUGGUUAUUCUCGCUAUUCCACCUGGAGUUGGGUGCGACUAAAAGCUUCGGUUUGGAAUUCAUCUUGGCAGCCUUUGAGAUUUGUAGGCGGGGAAUGUGGAACGUAUUCCGCUUGGAGAACGAGCAUGUUAACAACGUUGGUAAAUACCGCGCAAUCAAAGUUGUUCCACUGCCAUUUGAAGAAAGGGACUACGCAUAUGUUGGUAGCCCCGAAACGAGCUCCGCGAGAGUGGUGAAAGACGCAUAGCUUAGAAAAGCUUAAUGCAAUUUCCAAGCUCGCCUUUGAGUUGUAUAAGUCUCAAAUCCCCGUCCACAACCAUCUUCUCUAGCAGUAAGAAAGAAGAAAACCAUGUUUCUUGCUCUACUCUAGGAAAACGAAGCUCCAGAAACUUUUCGACUGUCA